UGGGGUGGGUCAGAAAUACUGGAGCGGAAAUGUAUCAUCAUGGAAGCGAGUUCCUAAAUCAACAUAGGUGACAUGAGCUCCCAACUUUGUAUGCUGUCCACGUGUCCUCCAUUGAAUAAAACCUACGGUAUAGCUGACUGACUGGCUAUAAACAGCCGUGAUGUUGCCACAGAAAGCUAAAUAGUUAGCCUCGAGUGUUGGUUUCAGACGGGCGUUGUGUCAAAACAGCUGAAGCUAUGGCAGCAAUCAGGAAAAAGCUGGUCAUAGUGGGAGAUGGAGCCUGUGGGAAGACCUGUCUGCUCAUUGUGUUCAGUAAGGACCAGUUUCCAGAGGUCUAUGUGCCCACAGUGUUUGAGAACUACGUUGCUGACAUUGAAGUUGAUAGCAAACAGGUCGAGUUAGCACUCUGGGAUACAGCAGGUCAAGAAGACUACGACAGACUGCGCCCGCUCUCCUAUCCAGACACUGAUGUCAUUCUCAUGUGCUUCUCCAUCGACAGCCCUGACAGUCUCGAGAACAUCCCUGAGAAGUGGACUCCUGAGGUGAAACACUUCUGCCCUAAUGUUCCCAUUAUACUGGUGGGAAAUAAAAAGGACCUGCGUAACGAUGAGCACACCCGGAGGGAGCUUGCCAAAAUGAAGCAGGAACCUGUGAAACCAGAGGAUGGACGGGACAUGGCUAACAGGAUCAGUGCCUUUGGAUACAUGGAGUGCUCUGCAAAAACAAAGGAUGGUGUGAGGGAAGUGUUUGAGAUGGCCACCAGGGCUGCACUACAGGCCAGGCGAGGAAAGAAGAGCAAUAAAUGUGUCCUACUGUAAGCGGGGGCACAUGGACUGCUUCCUACAGGGGGAAAAGAAGGAGCAUUAGGUCAAACCUACCCCAAAACACACCCACACAAAAGACUGUUCUCCCCAGUUUUUACUAAAGGUGUAAUGCUUUUACUUUUUUUGUCUUAAGCAAAAGUAGUCAGGUUCUGUCAGUAUUCAAUUUUGAGGUUAUGGAAAAUAUUUUUUGUACUUUAACGAGUAAAUUUGCCAUAAUGAAACCUCCUUUAUCAACAUGUACUAUGUAAUCGAAGAGGUCAGCCAGGGGACCUGCUGUGUCAUACCUGCCAACUACAGUUAAGUGCUUAAGCCCUGCCUGCUGAUCUGAGGAAUGUUUCCACAGCCAACUAGGGUGAAGUACCUGUACACUGUGACCCUUAGUCCUUUUAAUUAUUUCAACAAACCGAUGUGCACAUGAAGUCGAAUUUGUUUGUGUGCUCCAUAUUCAAAUCCUAUGUGCAUUAUGAUCACGUGCACAAUAUGAGACUGGAAACUCAUUUUGUUAAAACGCAAAUGGAAACUUAGUGUUUUGUGUAAUAAAUUACUUUGUAAGAAUCUUGA